CAAAAUCAUGGCACAAAUUGGUAGAGGAUCAAUUACUAUACCGAAUGGGAAGGGUAAGAUCGUCUAGCUAAAGGUGCGCGUAGCAAUUAAGGGGUGCGCGUAGCAUCACCAUUAUUUUUACUAAAAAAAUCAUAUUGUCAGCUUUCCUCAAAUUAGAACCCAAGUGAAAGCCAACGAGUAUUGAAUUUUUGUAUGAAUGCAAAGCAUUUUUGUUUGAGAGAAAUGUUCCUCCAUUGACAGUUGACACUCGUGGUUUUCUCUACCAUUCUACCACGCAGCCAGAUCUCACGAUUUCGAUAUCUGAUUUGGAAUUUCUGAUGUUGUGUGAUGCUCUGUGAUUUUCCGAAACUGGGUCAACUGGAAGGAGUGACGCGGUUGAGCUGAUGACUACCGCUUCAAUGGCGACUCGACGUUUCCUUACAUUCAUACUUUUCCUGAUCUUCUUCUUGGCCUCUCUUCUGGACGUUGUGGUUCACUGUAAAACCCUCAAGCGGGACGUGAAAGCACUGAAUGAGAUUAAGGCCUCUCUUGGCUGGAGGGUGGUGUACGCAUGGGUGGGAGAUGAUCCUUGUGGGGGCAGUGACUUACUCCCAUGGUCUGGGGUUACUUGCUCCACUCAGGGCGACUACAGAGUAGUUACUGAACUGGAAGUCUAUGCAGUUUCAAUUGUCGGUCUUUUUCCAACUGCUGUAACGAAUUUGUUGGAUCUUACUAGACUGGAUUUGCAUAAUAACAAGCUGACUGGUCCAAUACCCCCUCAAAUUGGGCGCUUGAAGCAUCUUAAAAUACUUAACUUAAGGUGGAAUAAGUUUCAAGAUGUCAUCCCCCCUGAAAUUGGGGAACUAAAGCAGUUAACACACCUUUACCUGGGCUUCAAUAACUUUAAAGGAGAAAUCCCUAAGGAGCUUGCAAAUCUUCCCGAGCUCCGUUAUCUUCAUCUCCAUGAAAAUCAUUUCACUGGACGAAUCCCGCCUGAGUUAGGAACUUUACAAAAUCUUCGACACUUGGAUGCUGGCAACAAUCGUCUGGUUGGGACAAUUAGGGAGCUCAUUCGCAUCGAAGGAUGCUUUCCUGCUCUUCGCAACCUUUAUUUGAACAAUAAUUAUCUUACUGGAGGUAUUCCUUCUCAACUUGCGAAUUUGACAAACUUGGAGAUUCUGCACCUUUCGUACAAUAGAAUGACUGGUGUGAUACCAGUCAGCCUUGGUCACAUCCCGAAACUAACUUAUCUUUAUCUGGACCACAACCAAUUUUCUGGGAGGAUUCCUGAUGCAUUCUACAAACAUCCUUUCUUGAAAGAAAUGUACAUUGAAGGAAACUCAUUCCGGACAGGUGUGGAUCCCAUAGGCAUCCACAAAGUUUUGGAACUUUCUGAGAUUUCAGACAUAGUAGUUUAGGUUAAACAAAGUUUUGAAAACUCAUUCUCAGACACAAAAUAUACAAACACUGCACAUUGAUUAGUUUUUAGCUUAAACUAGCUAUAUGUUACUCGUAUGAGCUAUCUAAGUUAAAGCUUUUUACGUGUAUGGUUAAAGCUUUUGUGUUUGCCUGUCUUCCCAGAAAAGCAGCCUGAACGUCUUGGAAUGCCCAAUAUUUGCUACAUUUGUGUAAUUAGUAAAUCAGUUUCUUAUAAUUGAAUAAACUCAUUCUUGAUUUUUUUAAUGCAUUUCUUCAAGUAUAAACUCCUGUCAUUUGUG